GCAGCCAGGAGCCUACAGCUUCCACAUUCUUCCCCUUCUCUGUUCUCGCCGCUUACCUAAGGAUGAACAAAGAGAUAAGAGGAAGAGGAAAAUAGAGGAAUUUUUCAAUGGAGAAACAUGGGUGUGAAAUUGAAGCAAUUGGCAUCAACUACAGCAUCUGCAUUCAUGAGAGAACAAACCCUUUUAGAUUCUUCAAAAAAAAUAAGCAGAAAGAAUUUGAUCAAGAACUUCAGUUGCCGAAUUCAUUGAAGGUUGAAGAAGCUUGUACUCCGGUGAUUGGGGUCCGGCGAGUUUUGAAGGAUGUGAAUUGCAUAGCAAAACCACGGGAAAUCCUAGCCAUUGUUGGUCCUAGUGGAGCAGGGAAAUCUUCUUUUUUGGAGAUCCUGUCUGGGAAACUUGUCCCACAAAGUGGUUCUGUUUUUGUCAAUCAAAGCCCUGUGGACAGAGCUCAGUUCAGGAAGAUUUCUGGCUAUGUCACCCAGAAAGACAGCCUCUUUCCCCUCCUUACCGUUGAGGAAACUCUCAUGUUCAGCGCCAAGCUGCGUCUGGGGCUACCAGAACCUCAACUCAGAUCUAUAGUAAAGUCCCUGAUCCAAGAACUGGGACUGGAGCAUGUAGCCAUGACUCAGGUUGGAGAUGAUAGGGUCCGUGGGAUAUCUGGAGGGGAAAGGCGCCGGGUUUCCAUUGGAGUCGAUGUGAUACACGACCCGAAAGUGCUGAUUCUUGAUGAACCCACUUCAGGCCUUGAUAGCACAUCUGCGCUGCUAGUUAUUGACAUGUUGAAAGUUAUGGCUGAAACCAGGGGAAGAACCAUAAUCUUAAGCAUUCAUCAGCCUGGUUUUCGAAUUGUGAAGUUGUUCAAUUCCAUUCUUCUGUUGGCUAAUGGCUCAGUUCUGCAUCAUGGUACUGUGGAACAGCUCGGAGGCAGCUUGAGGGAGAUGGGUCUGCAGCUUCCUCUGCAGGUAAAUAUCGUGGAAUUUGCCAUUGAGUCUAUUGAAACUGUUCAACAGCAGAAAAAGAUGCAUCUGGAAGCGCCAACACAAGCUUCCUCACAACAGAGGAAAGGUGAAGAAACCUUCGAGAGCAGAGCUAGCAAGUUCACCCUGCAGCAGCUAUUUCACCAAUCCAAUGGUUUGGGAGGAGAAAUUAUCAAAACUGGGAUUGACUUUCCAAUGGAUUUUGCCAAUUCAAGAUUCCGAGAAACCAUUAUCCUCAGUCACAGAUUCUCCAAGAACAUUUUCAGAACGAAGGAGCUCUUCGCAUGUCGGACAAUUCAGAUGCUGAUUUCAGGGCUUGUUUUGGGCUCCAUCUUUCACAAUGUCAAAGACGAUCUCACUGGAGCAGAGGAAAAGGUGGGUCUGUUUGCCUUCGUACUAACAUUCUUGCUAUCAUGCACAACAGAAGCACUCCCAGUCUUUCUUCAAGAAAGGGAAAUUCUCAUGAAAGAGACAUCUUGUGGAAGCUACAGAGUUUCCACGUAUGCCAUUGCAAAUGGCCUUGUUUAUCUACCAUUCCUUCUCAUCCUAGCAGUUCUGUUCACCAUUCCAUUGUACUGGCUUGUGGGAUUGAACCCAAAUUUCAUGGCCUUCAUGCACUUCCUGCUGUUGAUCUGGUUAAUUCUCUACACUGCCAAUUCUGUUGUGGUAUGUUUCAGCGCCCUGGUGCCAAAUUUCAUCGUCGGAAACUCAGUCAUCUCCGGUGUAAUGGGAUCCUUCUUCCUCUUCUCUGGUUACUUCAUAUCGAAACAUGAGAUCCCUGGUCACUGGAUUUUCAUGCAUUACAUGUCUCUGUUCAAGUAUCCAUUUGAAGGGUUCCUAAUAAAUGAGUUCUCAAGGUCAGGUAAGUGCUUGGAGUACAUGUUUGGAAGUUGUUUGGUAACGGGGGAGAAUAUGCUGAGAGAAGCAGGCUACGGUGAAGAAAGCAGGUGGAAGAAUCUAAUGAUCAUGGUGUGCUUCAUCUUGGUUUACCGGUUUGUUUCAUACGUGAUUCUAAGAUUCCGGUGCUCGGAGAGGAGCCUCUGGUCAGCUCUCCCUUGAAGAAUAUGCUCAGAGUCCGUUUGGAAUUUCCUUUAGAUAGCACUCAAAGAAUAAAAAGAAGAAAGACUUAAGUAAGUAAGAAAGGGAAUGAAAUAUCUGCCAAACAUUGCUGUUUUCUUUUCAUUUUGCUGCUUUGCUAAGUUAUUUGUGUAUUUAUUUAGAAACAUUUCAAGUUAAGAAAUGUGAAUCUUAUUCCAUCAACAAAAUAUAUAAAAGGCUAGUCCCAUU